CUGUGGGCAGGCCUUGUGCUGAGCUCAGGGUCGGUGCUGCGGAUCUGUGACCUUCCUCUCAGCCGAGGAUGAGGAAGACAUCUGUUGUUCUCUGACAGCCGCUGACUUUUACUUUUUCUUUGGGACCAUUUUCACUUUUUAACAAACGCUUGGACUCGCUGUGAGCUGACGUAUCUGCCACCAAAUACCAGCCCGCUGCCUCCUUCCCACAGAUCUUAAUUUAUUUACCGUCACGGGUUUUUCAAACAGACUGACGUAAAAUGUCUCUACUUGUAACUGACCUGACCAGGGGAGCGAUGACGGAGUUCCAGGAGAAGCUCCGUAAGCAGCACGAGGAGUUGAUGCACCGCGAGCUGGAGGCGCUGCUCACCACAGCCGACAAGACGGAGGCGGAGAUCUCCAGAAAGGAUUUCGAUGGCUUCAAAAAGCUCUUCCACAGAUUCCUUCAGGUCAAAGGUCCCGCAGUCGACUGGUGCAAGAUCAACCGGCCGCCAGAGGACUCGAUCCAGCCCUACAAGAAGAUCAAGGCGAAGGGUCUCCCCGACAACAUCGCCGCCAGCCUCAACAAGCUCGCUGUGGUCAAACUGAAUGGAGGUCUGGGAACCAGCAUGGGCUGCAAGGGCCCCAAGAGUCUGAUCAGCGUCCGCAACGAGAACACCUUCCUGGACCUGACGGUGCAGCAGAUCGAGCAUCUGAACAAAACCUUUAACGCCGACGUGCCGCUGGUCCUGAUGAACUCCUUCAACACCAACGAAGACACGAAGAAGAUCCUGCAGAAAUACAAACACCACCGGGUCAACAUCCACACCUUCAACCAGAGCAGGUAUCCCAGGAUCAACAAGGAGUCCCUGCUGCCGAUCGCCAAAAACAUGGGGAACAGCAGUGACAACACGGAGGCCUGGUACCCGCCGGGUCACGGAGACAUCUACGCCAGCUUCUACAACUCGGGGCUGCUGGACAAACUCCUCGCCGAGGGGAAAGAGUACAUCUUCGUGUCCAACAUCGACAACCUGGGCGCCACCGUCGACCUCUUCAUCCUCCACCACCUGAUGAGUCAGCCGGACGACAGACGCUGCGAGUUCAUCAUGGAGGUCACCGACAAGACCAGAGCCGACGUCAAGGGCGGUACUCUGAUCCAGUACCAGGACCACCUGAGGCUGCUGGAGAUCGCUCAGGUACCCAAGGCCCACGUGGACGAGUUCAAGUCCGUCACCAAGUUCAAGAUCUUCAACACCAACAACCUGUGGAUCUCUCUGCCCGCAAUGAAGAGGCUGCAGGAGAAGAACGCCAUGGACCUGGAGAUCAUCGUCAACCUCAAGACGCUGGAGGGCGGCCUGAACGUCAUCCAGCUGGAGACGGCGGUCGGCGCCGCCAUCAAGAGCUUCGACAACGUCAUGGGCGUGAACGUCCCCCGCAGCCGCUUCCUGCCGGUGAAGACGUCGUCCGACCUGCUGCUGGUGAUGUCGAACCUCUACAGCCUGGACGCCGGCUCGCUCACCAUGAGCAAGGAGAGGGAGUUUCCCACCACGCCGCACGUCAAACUGGGCAGCUCCUUCACCAAAGUUCAGGAGUUUCUGGCCAGAUUCGAGAACAUCCCGGACAUGCUGGAGCUGGACCACCUCACCGUGUCUGGAGACGUCACCUUCGGAAAGAACGUCUCCCUGAAGGGAACCGUCAUCAUCAUAGCCAAUCACGGCGACCGGAUCGAUAUUCCCGCCGGAGCCAUGCUGGAGAACAAGAUCGUUUCAGGAAACCUGCGGAUCCUGGACCACUGAGGCCUUCUUGGGGGGGGGGGGCAAAGCCAUUUGCACCUUGAAGAAACUUAGAGAUUAUAUUCUUCUCUUCUGUGAUGAACGGCACAGCUGUUACAGAGACAAUCAGUUUGUUUGUGUCCUUGUCAAACAGCAGCUUUUAAUGUGAAGUCAGCCUGAAAGGGUCAAAGGUCAACCUCCUGCUUCCUCCUGACACAGCUUGCAGACGUUCAGCUCAUCGUGAAGCUUUUCAGAAAAACAAAAUAAAACAGUCGCUGCCAAGUCUGGUCUGAUU